AUGGCUUCUCUCCGAGAUUUUUACUUCCCAACCGAGCUUCUAUUUCUGCUCGCCGAAUUCGUCGACGAUAUUUCCACAUUGCGUGCUCUUUCUGCAGCCAGCCGAGAAUAUCACGACAUUUUCAACCCAGUAUUGUAUUCAUGCGCGGCUAAGAACCACCCAUAUUUACUUACCUGGGCCUGCGAGGUUGACCGAAUCGACAUAGUAGAGAAGCUACUUAUCGCUGGAGCCAACCCAAACAUAGCUGUAGGAUCAGAGGAGUACGACCGAUACGAGAGAGAAAGAUGGCUGUCAAGCCAUACGACAAUUGACAUGACAGACCCUAUGAACAUACUUGACAAUAUCUAUGACCACACCAUUUGGUCCAACACUAUCACACCUUGGAGACGAUCCCAUGUAAGUGGUCCGGUAUACGACCCUGCUCAACAUGAUUAUCCAUGGCAUGAUAUAUGGGACCAGCCAGCGGAUCUACCACGGGAGAAUCCACAGGAAUAUUGCGAGGAUCUUCUACAGUACUGGUUCCCAUUGCAUGCUGCCGCUAUAUCUGGAUCAACUAGAGUUAUUCAGAUGCUUCUCAGCCACGGCGCCUACAUAGAAACGCCCUCAAUGAGACUGUGUCCUUGCUACACGACCAUAUCCAGUACUCACGACGUGCCCCCUAGCAACCUCCGCUCAAGCCACUGGACACCACUUCAUAUCGCGCUUUGCUGCCGUAACGAAGCGGCAGCGAAUUGCCUCCUUACCCUUGGGGGGGCAUCAGCGAAGAUUGAUGCUAGACAUCGGUGGGGGGAUCGAUAUCCAACCGCGUUACAAUGGGCGGCCAGAAGUGGCUUUAUUUCAACUGCACAGUUGAUUCUAGAUGACACCGGAGAUACGCUCGUAAAUAAACAAGCACCCGAUGGUUGCGUGCCUCUUGUAUGGGCGCUGGGAAGUGACAACAGCAUAGAGAUGAUGUCUCUUCUCCUCCAAUACGGCGCUACAGUCAACGGAUGGACCGAAGACCCGCUCGCCCACGCGCUAAGAGGGUGCUGGUAUAAAGAAGCCAAGUUUCUCAUUGAGCAUUAUACAGAGAUCUCUUCUGAAUCCAGUCGUCUCCGCAACCUACUUACUCAGUGCAUCAUCAAGCUGCUCAACUUUCCCGAAAAAAGGUACCCCAUGCUCCCGAAUCAGUACGAAUCUAAUGGGUACGAAAUUCGGUUGUACCAAAGAGAGUUGGCUAUGAGAGAACUCGAUGGCUAUAAACUGGGACGGUUGCAGCACGCGCCUGACCCGAUCUUUCUGAACGAAGAAGUCCAUUUCACCGGUAUGAUGGAAAUAAUACUGCUGUUGCUUCCAUAUCACAUUGAUAUGCACGAACAGUUCUUGGUUCCCGCAUCGGCAGGUCACUUGACGGCUAUCGUAGAAACGUUUCUAUCAGCUGGCGUCAAGGUUGACGAAGCGACUGAAUACGGCAUCUCACCGUUGCUAGCCGCGGCUGAAAGUGAGGAGACGGUACGAGAAAGGGGACGUUAUGAAACCAUCGAAUGCCUUCUCCGACAUGGUGCAUCUCCAGACGAGGUAACCGCGAUAAACAGGACUGCUCUAGUGGCCCUAUGUGAACACCUCGAUAUGGAUCAGAAGAAACAGCUUGAUAUCAUCAAGUUGAUGGUCGACCACGGUGCAGAUAUCAACCGCCGCUCCCUUUCUAUGUCGGAAAGUGGCAUUGAGACUGUCUAUUCACCCCUCCAAGCCGCCUUCCGAUUCCAAAGGCUCGACAUUUGCCGUUAUCUUGUCGAUCUGGGAGCCAAGGUUAGCCACGAGGAAGGGGAUCUCCUCUUUAUGCUGCAGGACUUGCUCGAUUGGUAUCCGGAAUUCGUCCAACCGCCAGGCCCUGAUGAAGAAGUUGUCGAACAUACCGCCGACCCGAUCACCUGCCCUGUCGAAUUCUGCACUGCUCUGCGCUUCAUACUGAGUCUCGAUGACUGUGGGUGGCUAUGCAAGAAUCCGGAAGCUUUAAAGUGCUCCACGCACGUUCAUCAUUUUCCGCUGAAGGAAAUGCUUCUGCAGUCUAAGGGGGCGUACAUGACAUGGCUUUCGGAACACCCGGAAUACAUGAAAGGGCGCUUGGAUGGUGCGGAUGACUCUGUCGAGGACCUACCUGAGUGUGCUAGCUAGAACAGGGACGGCAACAUUUACAUGUAUGUAACCUUCAUCAUCUUUUAGGUUCCGCCUCGUAAAUUCGUAAUAGGCUUAUCACGGUGUCUAUCAUGGAUAUCCCAUAUCCCUUGCAAAAUCGAUUGGAAGAGGGAAACUAUAGGGGUCGAGGAUAAAGGGAGAUUGAAAGGUCGUAGAGAGUCAAUAAUGUAAAUAGUUCUUAACUGGAAGCUCGUAUCCGGCAAGUCUAGUUUAUUGAGAUAGUAAAUACUACUAGUAGUAGUUUCCCAGCAGUUUAUUUCACCCCUUCCUUGAUAUGGCAUUAUAAGUGCAUACCGUAAUAUCUAGG